AUGAACCGAAACCUUGCUUUAUUACUCGUUUUUUUAGCUGUCAUUUCUAUUGCCAAUGCUAUUCCACAACUAAAUAAAAGACAAACUAUAUUUAAGAAAUGUCCAAAUCCAGCACCAGAUAAUGCAACCACUAUCAAUAAAGUAACAAUUCAGCCUGAUCCUUUGGUGCCUAAUAAGCCAGGCAAAAUUACAGGUUCUGCAACAACAGAAACUGAGAUUACUGAAGACUACGUAUUUGCUUUUUUUAUUACUGAUUUGAGCUUCAACUAUACACCAAUUUGUGAUGACGGUAAAACUAAAAGUCCAACUAAAGAAUAUAAUAUUGAUCUUACAUUCGAUGUCCCCAAUGUUACUCAAUCCGACAUCAUGAUAGCUACAAUUCUUAAUUCUAAAACAAACUUAACAAUAGCUUGUGGGCCACGAUAUGGUAUGCAAAAUCAAGAAUUAAUUUGGAAUAACUUUAUCAAUAAA